UGGCCAACCCUAUAUUGGUUUUAUAAUUAAAUUUUUGCAAAGAAGAAAAUAAUAAUGCAAAGUGUAAGAAAUUUUAUAAAUUUAUCUACAAAAAAUUAUUCAUUUCGAAGAUACUGUUUAACAGCGUCAAAUAAAAGUUUUUUCGACAAACUUGUUAAAGAAAGUAAGGUUGUUGUCUUUAUGAAAGGUAAUCCAGAAGCACCUAAAUGCGGUUUCAGUAAUGCUGUUGUUCAGAUAAUGAGAAUGCAUGGAGUUGAAUAUAAUGCAAUUGAUGUUCUAGAAGACGAGGAUAUUCGGCAAGGCGUAAAAGAUUAUACAAACUGGCCAACUAUUCCGCAAAUUUUUAUCAAUGGUGAAUUUGUUGGAGGUUGUGAUAUUUUGUUGCAAAUGCACCAAAAUGGCGAUUUGAUUGAAGAACUAAAAAAGUGUGGAAUCUUCAGUACAUUAAUUAAAAAAUGAUUCUAUGUGUACAAAAUUUAGGCAUUGUUAUAAAUUUUUAUUAAAAUAAAUUUAAAAAGUAGUUUUGUUAAAAAAAAAGGUGAAAUCCAAAGAAUUUGCAAAAUGUGCAUAAAAAUUUUUGUCAACGUGUUGAAUUCACCGUUACAUAAUAUUGAUUAUAGUUAACUAAGCGAAGAAAUUCUCCAAUUUCUUCUUGAUAGCCGCGUUUUACUAUUUUAUUACCCAAAUAAAUAACGUAUUUAACCAA